AAUUUCUCUCCCAAAAAAAGAAAAAAAAAAAUGGCAGCAUCAAGUUGUAAGCUAAGAAAUUCAUUUUCUUUUCCAAAUCUUUUACUUUCAUGCUUAAACUUAAUCUUAUUCAUACUUUCUACUGCUUCACUUGCUCCUAUACUUCUCCUUAAAACACCCCCUACUUCCUUAGGCUAUGCUCUACUUAUAUCUUCGUCUAUAUCUCUUUUAUCCUCUUUUCUCGGGUUAUACUCUCGCCUUACUCACUUGUGUUUUGUGACAUACAUUUCCUUCCUACUCGCCUCGCUUGCUAGCCAAGUGCUUAGCUUCAUGGCCUUGUUUUUGAAGGAGAAAACAAGCCUAUCGAUGCUAGAUUCACCAAGGGAUCCUAGAGAGGCGAAGGUGUUGGUGAGGUUGGAAUGUGGGAUUUUGAUGGUUAUGUUUGUGUUGCAAGUUGUGGUUUUGGUGGUGAGUUGUGUUAUUCAUAGGUGUUGGAUGAAGGAGUAUCAAGGGUUGGAGGAGGAGGAGAGGGAGAAGAUGUCGAGGAAGCGGAGUAGGAGGAUAGCCGGAAUCGAUGAGGAAUCGGUGCCGAAUGGGGUGGCUGUUAAGGUUUCUGAGGACAAGGCUAAGGAGUUGGAUGAGAAGGUGAAGAGUAAAUUUGGUGAAAAAUGAUUUUGAAGGAUAAGAUAUUAAGAUGGUUUUAUUAAGGUUUUUGUUGUGUAAUUAGUUAUUUUAUUUGUGCUUUAAUUUCGAUUUGAAUUAUGUAUUACUACUAGUAAUCUCUAGUCAGCUUCAAAAAAAAAUGUUCUAUUCUCUGUUUGAGUAGAUUGACAAUUAUACCUUCCAAGGUAACAAUGCUUUAUCAAUUAUACCUUAGUUUUGCAAGUCAACAUAGUCGAUUAAUAUGUUUUUUUUUUUAAAAAAAAUAAAUAAUCAAAUCCGCAUAUCAUUCCUUCA